CGAUCCAGAUCAUUUUAUUUAUUUAUUUAUUUUUUAAAAAGAUACCACAUAUAUUUUUGUUCGAGUGAUAUAAUAAUUUUCCAGUUCGUAGUAGGUCAAUAACAGCUCAUUUUCAGUUCUCAGUUUAUCCAAAACACAGAGGGGCUUUUUGGUCAGAUUCCGAAAAGACGAUGGCAAUCUUGUCGACACGUUUUAGCACAUGCAUUGUUAGUAUUCUGGUAAUAUUCGUAUUACUCAGUGGCAUUUAGCAGUCUGUUCAUCUGUUCACCCCUUAACUGUGUCAAGGGCGCUUUUUGUUCACUGGGCUUUCCCUGUACACGUCUUAUAAGUGAGAAAAUCCAAAGCAUGGUCCUCACUCUUUUUCUUUCUCUCUCUAAAAGAUUUCCUCAAAUGACUAUAAGGCCCCUCUCUGCAACUUUAGAGCUCGAGGUCUCCAGUUUCGCUGUACUCCAUGGCCAGGCCCUCUCUCACUCUCUCUCUUUCUUUCAGGUAAGGGCCUUUACGUGAACUCUUUUGCCUGAAACCGUAAUUUUUCUAUGGCUUGGGGUUUUUGUUGCAUAAUUACGUGUGUUAUUUCAAGCAAAAUGACCUUCGAAAGCCCAGUUGUGUAGGCAGGGAAUUUGUGGUGAGAUGGUGAUCGUGGUUAAGAAAAUGGAGUUAGAAACCCUAAUUUCUUAAGGUUGAGGAUUCUGCUGAGGAGUUUGGGCCCCAUAUUGCUAGGUUUGGUAAAAGCUACGCUCUUCUCUGGAGAGCUCUCUGGUUCUAUAGCCACUGUAUUUUAUUGCUCUGUUUCUUUGGCUUAAACACCAGUAUCCUUGAGCUUCGGGUUUCAAUUGGGAAAUUUGAAGGAUACGUCUGUUUUGUGAAGCAUGUACUAAGCCCUAAUUUUUUAAGCUUGUGUGUUUCCUCUACUUCGGGUUAGGAUACCUCCGUCGCAGUUUUAAACAGGUUUUUGUUGCUGAGUUUUUGCCGUAGAAUUUUGCACCUCUCUCUCUCUCUCUCUGCUGUUCUUUUCCUCUCUCUUUCUGCUGUUAUUUUCUUAAAUGAAAGAACGCUUGAAACCCUGAUUCUCAGCAGCUAUGCAUUUUCCCCCAUUCCCACCAAUGAUAGGCUUUGUGAUGGUUAUGGACCUUAAAUUCACCACAGGAAAGGUUUUUCACCAGGAAUUUGAUCUCUAGAUUUAUUUUGCCUCUUCACUUCCAAACCCUAAAGUCAUCAUAGCUUGGAAAGUUUCCUUCUCUCUCUGGCCCGCAAUUCCCAAUUCUACUUUACCAACGCAUUUUAAAGACUCGGCAUUUCUCUCUCUCUCUGUGCGUGUGUGUAAUGUUUUACCGUCUGGUCACGCAAGUAAACAUUUGAACCUAGCCUUCGUUGGGGUUAAACAUUCCAAAACAAAAAAAGUCUUCGUUGGGGCUAAUUUCCACCAUGUCUGAUCACUAUGAGCUCGUCCAAAACUUAAUUUCCCCAUCUACAAGCUCUAUUGAGGAAGAAGCAGACAAUGACAUCGAGGAGUCUGAUGCAGCCUCCAUGUCUGCAUCUGACUACUAUAUUGACCCUGAACCGUAUCUUUCAAACCAGUUUUACACCUUUAAUAGAGAUUCUCACCACCUCAUGGUCCAUUCCAUACAGCAGUACCAAUACCCGACCCCUGAAGAGAUCAAAUCUGUUACCCCGCCUUCUGUUCUUGCUUCAUGGCGCACUGUUUGGAAGGAUCGAAAUGAAGACACUGCAUACACAACAGGCUGGAAACGAAUCCAAGACAAACUCAAAGCUAAUAUAGACCAGUUUGGCAAUGAGCUUUUGUAUUUCAAGAACAACCCAAAUCAGUAUGUGCCCCAUAUAAACCAAUGGCAGGAUAUUGCAAUGGGUUAUCACUCAGUCUCUGAAUUGAAACACUUGGGUUUGAAAGAAACCAUCGAUAAGAUUAAGCAGGUUUGGACAGUGGGUGCUAAGUUUUAUGGUAUCCCUGAGGCCUUUAUAAGGGCUUGUUUAUCAAAUUGUAGGAUUUGUUGCUCUGAUGGGCCUUCUUCUCAGGCUCGAUCAAAGAGGCGGAGGUUUGAGUACACAGACACUUUUGAGAUCCCUGCUAAAGAGGUUCCCCAAAAGCUCCAACAAUUGGCUUUGAAGCACAAAGUGGUUCUAUGCAUCAGGCAAAAGUAUAUUCGAUACAAGCCAUUUAUGGCAGAGGUUAAGGAUUAUUGUUGCCAUAGGGCAGGAGAGCCCAACAUGAAGAAGCCUGGGCUCUUGAAGAGGAAGAGAUAUAGUUCUAAAAGGUGUGGUUGUGGGUUUCGAAUAAGGGCAAUUGUACCUAUAAAGGACUAUAAUCAGAAAGAUAGGACAUUUUCUUAUGAAGAUGAUGGUAAGGCUGUUUUCAAGCUUUAUGCUGUCCAUUCGGGGCAUGAACCUGGACCCCAUGAAGGUAGUGCUAGGAUAAUUCAUCGGUUUGUGGCCCCUGCCAAUAUUGCAAUAGAGCAGGGGAUUGUUUGUAUUGGUGAAGAAGGGGAAGAAGGGGAAACCUUUACUGUGAUUGAAAAUGAUGAGGGCUCUGACAUUCGUUUGACUGUGAUGAGGCAGAUUGAAGAGUUCAAGCAAGAGCUUGGGUGCAUUGAAGCAAAGAUACCGGAAUUCUCUGAGGAAAUGCUGGGAACAUUGUCGCAUGAGCUUUGUGCGGUAAGUCAGAGACUACGAAGUUUUGGGGAGGUUAAUGAUCGCGAAGAAUUGCUUUUGGGGAAGCAACACUCAGAGGAAGGUUUUGUCAAUGAGCCAAACAGUCUCAAUGAGUGGGCUGAAAAUCCUGAAUGUAAAAAUAAUAGUAGGGCUGGAUCUUUUAUUGAUGGGGAAAAUUGUUUCCCAAAUAGUUGCUUAUCUCCGAGGAAAAGGGAUCAGGGGAAGUUAAAUGAGGGAGCACUUUCUGAUGUUGGUUGUUCUGGAAACAGUAAGAUGGGAAAAUGGGAUUUGCCUGUUAAGGAGCCUUGCGCGGGGUUUGAUGAUAAAGCUUUGCUUCCUUGUGGUGGUGCCAAAAUUUGUAAAGAAGCCAACUUGGAUAUGAGGCAUGAUAUGCCUAUUGUUGUGGAUGAACAUCUCGUUGGGAUGCCUGUUGAUGGGUACUACCAUGAUAGCAUCAAGUGGUAUUUGGAUUCAAGCCCAGAUUGCGGGGAUAACAUGACCAUAGGUGUGCAAGAAGGUUUUAAGCAUGCCAUAUUGUAAUAAUGAUUUUUUCCUCCUCUAACAUGUAAAAACUACCGCCUUUUGUACUCAUGUUCUCAUCCUUUCAUUGGUUGUUUAAUUUAUGUGGUCUGGUUAUGUGGGCCUUUCAGUUGACUGGUAUGAGCUGUGACAUUCGGUGACUUGGAGGUCUUUGUACUUAAUCAUUGCAAUUCAUGCUAAUCCAUUAGACCUGGAGUUUUCUUGGCUGUUAUUUGCAUUUUAGAUGGCAUAGUACCUUAUGUCGCAGGUUCAAUGACGUUGUCUUCUACUCUUCUUUGCACUAUAGAAGGAUUGUCUCCUUACAAAUUGCUGUCUCCCUUUUUGUCCUAUCCAUUUAAUUUGUCAUAUGAGGUUACAAUAUUUGUAUAGACAAAUCUCACAUAAAAAGUAAUUCAUUUUUGUAUUGUAUAGAGAAUUGAUUUAUAAGAUACUUUGCUUGUGAGAUUUGUAUCAUAAAUUUUUUUCUUUUAUGGACUGUUGUGUUUUUAGGAAUCUCUAUCUUUACCUAUAUUUUUGGUAUCCCAUGCCAAAAAUGCAAAUAUCUCAGCACUUAUUGCAGGCUAGUGUUUUUUCUUCUUCUUUCUGUGUGGGAAUAGCAAUACUAUGGGGGCAUGGCCUUUCCUAUUAAUUUGAAUUUUGAUUUAAUGUUUACGCUUGUUGAAUAUCACAGUAAUGAUUAAUAGACUUUU